CGAGGCUGCCCUGGAGCCGUUUCCUGGGUGCGGAUUGCGUCACCGCCGAGGCGCUGCCAGUGUGCGUGUGAGCGAGAGAGAGAGUUUGAAAGCAGGUUGUUGUCAGGCGGAGGCGACCAGAGCGAGCUUGCAGGAGAGGGAGACGUUGCGAGAAAAUACCGAAACUGGCACAAGACGCGCGUGUGUGCGUGGGGGUGGGCUGGUUACAUUGCAAUACCUGGAUUACAGCGGACCCACUCUCCCGCGGAUACAAAACAGAGGAGUGAGCCGGACCAGCGGGGGCAGCAGCCCUGGGGAGGGCGAGACUGACAAAUAACAGGGUGUCCUGGCGAGAAAAGAUGAAUAAAAAUCACCGAGUGCCGAGCAGCCGGACUCUGAGCGCCGUGGAGGUGAAGAGCAAGUUUGGUGCCGAAUUCCGACGGUUUUCCCUGGAUAGAUCGAAGCCCGGAAAGUUCGACGAGUUUUACGGAUUGCUACAACAUGUUCACAGAAUCCCGAACGUGGAUGUUUUGGUUGGGUACGCAGAUAUUCACGGGGACUUACUACCAAUAAAUAAUGACGACAAUUAUCACAAAGCAAUUUCCACCGCCAAUCCGCUGCUUAGGGUAUUCCUUCAGAGGAAAGAGGAGGCAGAUUAUUCUGCGUUUGGCACCGACUCGCUGACACGCAAGAAGAAUGUACUUUCCACGGUCCUGCGGCCAGACAACCACCGCAAGAAGCCUCCGAUCAUCAUCAGCCUUCCCAGGGACUUCCGGCCGGUGUCUUCCAUCAUUGACGUGGACAUCCUUCCCGAGACCCACCGCAGGGUGCGGCUCUAUAAACACGGCUCGGAGAAACCGCUGGGCUUCUACAUCCGCGACGGCUCCAGCGUUCGGGUCACUCCCCAAGGCCUGGAGAAAGUUCCCGGGAUUUUCAUCUCCCGGCUGGUGCCUGGGGGGCUGGCCGAGAGCACCGGCCUGCUGGCGGUCAACGACGAGGUGCUGGAAGUCAAUGGCAUCGAGGUGUCCGGGAAGAGCCUGGACCAGGUGACGGACAUGAUGAUCGCCAACAGCCACAACCUCAUCAUCACCGUCAAGCCCGCCAACCAGAGGAACAACGUGGUGCGCAACAGCCGGACUUCAGGGAGCUCCGGCCGGUCCUCGGACAGCGGCACGAGCCACUACGGCUACUCCGUGGCCCCGGCGGCGCACAUCAUCCAGAACUUCCGGCCCGAGGAGAUGGAGAGCGACGAGGAGGACGAAGACCUGGUCAUUGAGGUUGGGGAGGAAGCCCGGCCGAUUUCCAGGGCUGCGUCGGCCAGUACCAGCAUGCCCUCCUUGCCCAGGUACGAGCUCCACCUCGGCCUGAAGCAGAAUGGCUUCCUGGCUACGAGCAGCAGCGCUGGCUCGCUGACUGGAGCCGAAUCCGGAGCCGAGCGCAGGAGUCAGGGGCCGAAACGCCGGAGCAUGGAGGAAGAGGGCACUGUCAUCACGCUAUAGAGCUUUAAAACAGCCCUGUGGUGCCAUACAGGAGGUGGUCCCCCCUGCCCGGACAGAAACAAGGUGCUUCACGGGGCGCAAGGGGGGUUCCUAGUGGGGUGGGAGAGUGUAUUCUGGGUUGCUGGAUGCAGGUCAGUCCCUUUUAACUGGAUACAAAAAAGAAAUAGUGCUUAGUUAGCUAAUACAAUUUUUUUUUUAAUUGACAACAUCAUCGCGGCUAAGGAUAGCACGUCUACAGCAUUUCGGAAUAUCAAAAAGCAGUUCCAAUACCUAACAAACCAAAACAAUUUAUAUAUGUAGAAGUAUUCAGUUCACAUUACCUAGAUCAUUGUUUUAAAUCAGUGAUUUUUAAUAUUUAAUUAUAUCCAUUUACAAUCUUGUGAUUUAGCGUGUGUUUAUCAAAUAUUUUCCAGCAGUUUCCUUUAUGAACACAAGAUCAAGAGUUCUGCUAAAACUAUUUUAGCCUGGUAAUGAAAUGUUUCUUAAUUUUUGCAAAUUUAGCACAGGUCUGAAAAUGUACUCUUUAACAGUAGCUUUUUAAAGUUUAGUGAAGAUUCAUUGAGUGUUAAGUUUUUUCAAACAGUUCUUUGUUUUUUUUCCCCUAACAUUCCAUUUAAGUUGAGUGAAGAGACUGUAAAUUAGCUAAAAACAACCUGAUAAGGCUUGAUUUGCAUGCACAAUUUUCUUAAAGUUUAAAAUUAUUGAGCCUCUGCAUGGUUAAUAUCUGAUUAGCAUGCAUAAAAACUGAUACCAUCUCUUUGAUUCUGACAUAUAUAGGUUUAUUUUUAAUUUAAUAGUAAGAAGACACAUUCAUUAUUGACUAGGCAGAUUUUAGAUGUUUUUUUUUACAUUAAGUUUCUGUAUGUUAGGUCAGGUCCAGUAUCCUGUUCCUUAUUCCACUGGUUGUUCUGGGUGAUUCUCUGUUUGCAUAGACUUCUAUGCCAUAGUAAAUCUUUGUUCAACCAGUGGUUUAAUAACAAAAACACUGCAUUUGCAGCAAGGAAGUAGAGUACAGAAAUCUGAGCUGCAUUCAAAAAGAUCUGGAUCUGCAGUAGAGCACAGACCAGCAUUGGAAUAUCAGUUCAGUGAUUUUAAUCCUUAUCCCAUUUCUUAACUGCAGUUUAUUUCUUCCACUUUCUUUGAAAGUGCUGAUUCCCUGAAAUUAGAAACCACUUUUCCACUGCUUCCUUGACAGCUUCACUACCUGAAAACUGUCUCCCGAAGGUAGAGAUUCAGAUUUCUUUUCAACACCCCGUGCACAGUGUCGGUGUAAGACUGGCUGAAGAUCUGAAGGCUAUGUGGAGUCUAUCUUGCUAAGUGAGUCUGGCGUCUGGGUCCCUGUACACACCUGUGCCUUUCUGUACACAUUUUUUUGCCUUCCAUCCCUUUGUCAGAAGUGCUACAGUCAUAUAUACGGUAUGAUUUGCUUGAUCAUGGUCAUGCACACCCCUGCUUUGAGUGCUAAUCGGCAGUGUGACUUCGCAGGUGUCCUCAGGUCCCUGCUACAGCAGUGUGUGUGAAAUGUUUGUUUGAAGCUUGUCAAGCUCAGGGAUAAUGGGAGGCACAUAAUAAGGUUCUGCAGAGCAUCAAACUGUAGCAUUACUGGGGACUAGGAUCUAAUUUGAAAGGCUGUGAUUGAGAACUUGGUUUGCUUGUGUAAAUCUGUGUUUUGAUGGGGACGUUUUUGCUGAAAUUGUUUGAAGUAAAAGUAAAAGGUAAAACAACACAGCAUCAAGCACAGGAUCACUCAGAACAGAGCAAAAUUCAUUUCAUACCAGUGAGCGAGCAAACGAAGCCAUGCGAUUUAUAUUUAAAAAUCCAAUCUCCGCCUUGAAGAAAAUCUUUAAAUAAUAGUCAGUUUUGAUAGUUAGCCUAAUUCUGCUAAAUUGUUUUGUAGGUCACAGUUUUGAGGUAUUUUAGAGUACCUCAAAACUGUAUAGCUUUGCCAUGAACACUACUGUCACGCAUGUCUCUUAAGAAUAGAACAGACAGCAUCAGUGCUGGCUUGUCUCAGUGAGCCUCUUUCCUGAAGCACUGCACAGUUCACGCUCCCUGACAAUGCAGCUUUCUUGCAUGUCAGAAUUGACAGCCUUGAUUGUAGUUUUCAAAAAACCUUCAAAGAGUAAACCUAAAAAUAUUUAGCAAAAGCAGCUUACAUCUAAAAACAUACUGUGUUAGGAAACAAAAAAAAUAUUAAUACAGAAUAUCUACUUUUUUCAAUUUUUAGUCUGCCCCCAGAUUUGAAUACUUUCUUAAAUUUCAGUUCCAUACUUUAUGCUUUAUCUGAUUAGCAUGCAUAAGCACUGAUACCAUCACUUUGUUUCUUACAAAUAUAGGUUUGUUUUUAAUGUAACAGCUAGGAGAUACCUUCAUUACUGACAAUGCAAAAAAAAAUCCUUUAUAGUGUCUUCUUCAUUGUAUCUUAUUUUUAGGUCUGUCAUCUUGGUGAGGACAGAUGCAAAUGUGAACUGUAAUGUCCUAGCUGAUGUUAAAGCAUAUUUUAAUUUUUAUAUAUUUAUUUUUUUCUUAAUGAUAAGGGCUGUUUUUACAAAUCUGCCUCUAAAUUCUUGCAUCCAUCAUCUGAGAUUAAACUGGACAUUUUUUCCAUUUAGCAUAUGCAUUCAAAUAAGUUUAUAUAUUCCCUGCCAUAUACUGCACACAUAAAAGAAACCAUUCAUUAAUGAAUGAUAAGGCAAACUAUAAUAUGACCCUAAGAUGUCUACUCUUUAUAAUGCUCAGAGCUCUCUGUACUUGCCUUGUUAUAUAGGCUGUUAUUUCAGUGGCAACUUUCCAUGCAGAAUCUACAUAUUUUUCCCUUUUCUGUUAUUGAUCAAGCAAUGAGAUGGACGUCUGCACACUUUAUCCCAUUAAAAGUCCAUCUCAGACCUGUGGCAAUACCCUGCUUGUUGUUAAAUGGUGAUAUUUGCUUUCUACACAGUUUUAAGACCGGACUUCAGUUUGCAGUUGUUUUAAAUGUCAGACUUCAGGAUAUUACAAGACUCUGUGGUACUUUCAGAUGGAAUGUCACCCUAAAAGAAAAUUAGAAGCCUUCAUUUAGCUUUGUAUUUUGUGAAUUUAAUAAUACAAUUAGAUGGUGGGCGAGAGCUGGUCCUAAAAUAUGCAGCAUAAUUCUGAAAUACCACACAGUCUUGCCCUCCCCUUCCUUCUGUGGCUCAAACUGUACAGACUUCAUUUCAAGACACAGCAGCAAUCAGAAGGCAUUACAGGAACUAUAUGAGCCUCGGUGUGUUGCGCUGUGCAGCCUCCUGUACCCGUCCCAGCAGGCACUGCACAGACGUGGCUUGCUGGCAGGCGGAGGCCAGCAGCCUGUUUUCUGCUGGGCGUCCUGUGCAGGUGCUGAUGGCAGUAUGAUGUACAGCCGUUCUGUUUUUUUUUUCAUAAAUUUGAAUGUUUUUAUUUUCCAUAUGAAAGGAUUAAAGUGAACUGCAAUGACACCUUGGGGCAGCGCGAAAUUAGUAUAAAGCAUUGCCUUAUUGGCAGAUAACAUGGUUUCCUUUAAGUUAAAUGUCCUAGUCUACCUUGUCCUUCUUUUAUGAGGCGAACUAGAAAGCUCUGCAUUGACUUGCGCCUGUCGUUCUAGAGAGUAAAAGCCUGUUCCAUAGACUAGAAGCUUUGACUUAAAGUAAAUUAUCUGCCAGUAAGAGAAAGAGUAUGGAAAUGAUUUUAAUCAUUGAUUUUUUUUUUGUAUAUAACACCAUCUCUUAAUAUUGUUUUGUCAAAUUAUAUUUAUUACAUCACUGGAAACCUUCUAAUUACUGUCCUUUUUUACAAGAUUGUUUUUUUACUUUAGAAUUAUGAAGAGGGGAAAAUGGUUUCAAAUUUGUAUAAUGCUGUGAGUGUCUCACCUUUUCGUAGGAAGAGACAUGUAAGGCUUUGUCACAGAACCCUAUAUUUCCAGCAUUUAAUAAAAUACAUCAUCUUAAUGAAAAUCA